GCCAUUUUUGAAAACAUUUCUUGUAUAUUAAAUAUUACACAUUGAUCAAUCAAUCAAUCAAUCAAUCAAUGUUUAUUUAUAUAGCCCUAAAUCACAAGUGUCUCAAAGGGCUGCACAAGCCACAACGACAUCCUCGGUACAGAGCCCACAUACGGGCAAGGAAAAACUCACCCCAGUGGGACGUCGAUGUGAAUGACUAUGAGAAACCUUCAACUGGAAACACCAUUAAUGAAAAGAAGUGAUGAGUAAAUGACACACUCACUAGCUGAUACUGUGUUGGUGUUUCGUAAAGGUCAUCCGCCAUCUGCUCGAUUAAAAAAAAGGGACCUGCAAAAAAAAUUAAUAAUUUGCAAAUAUGAUUGUUGUUUUUUUCUAAAUAAAAAGAUGUGCAGAAAGGAAUACUAACUGCACAAUUUUGGUCAAUUAGCCAAAUAAUAAACAAGAAAAGAAGAACAUUUAACUUAUGUGGCGCUGUAAGAUUAAAAUUAUCGCACACUUUUGAAUUUUUCCUUUUCCUCGGUGCCAUUUAUUGCUUUUUUUUUUUUUUUUUUUUCAUAGUUCCAUUUACACUACCGUUCAAAAGUUUGGGGUCACCCAAACAAUUUUGUGGAAUAGCCUUCAUUUCUAAGAACAAGAAUAGACUGUUGAGUUUCAGAUGAAAGUUCUCUUUUUCUGGCCAUUUUGAGCGUUUAAUUGACCCCACAAAUGUGAUGCUCCAGAAACUCAGUCUGCUCAAAGGAAGGUCCGUUUUGUAGCUUCUGUAACGAGCUAAACUGUUUUCAGAUGUGUGAACAUGAUUGCACAAGGGUUUCCUAAUCAUCAAUUAGCCUUCUGAGCCAAUGAGCAAACACAUUGUACCAUUAGAACACUGGAGUGAUAGUUGCUGGAAAUGGGCCUCUAUACACCUAUGUAGAUAUUGCACCAAAAAGCAGACAUUUGCAGCUAAAAUAGUCAUUUACCACAUUAGCAAUGUAUAGAGUGUAUUUCUUUAAAGUUAAGACUAGUUUAAAGUUAUCUUCAUUGAAAAGUACAGUGCUUUUCCUUCAAAAAUAAGGACAUUUCAAUGUGACCCCAAACUUUUGAACGGUAGUGUAUAUCGAUGAUGGUAGUGAAAACCGAUGUCAUACGUAGCUUGUACGUCACUCCAGAAGACUAAUUUAGUGGGAUCUGCCACUCAUGAUUGAGUGAUGAUCAUCAUGAUGAGGCACUUUCUGAUAACACAGUCUCGCGCCUCACGGUUUAUUACAAUUGAUAUGCAUAUGAUUCUUCUUUAGUGCAAAAUGUUGGCAAUUAUGCCACAUUUUCUGGAAAUAAACAGUCAAACAAUACUUGGAUAUCACACAAUUGUCGUGCUAAAAAAUCUUGAGUCCUCACACACUUGCUUUUGCUUGAUGGCAAAGUGUGAUGACAACCAUAGAACCAGGACUUGAACACAGUGUGACAUUAAAAAGCGCCGGGAUACUUAGUGCAAUAUGCAACAAUUACAGACGAGUACCUCUAAAAGGCCACUAGGUGACAGUAUUCUCUUGUUUUUGUGUCAGGGUCUACCGUACUUACCUUUUUACAUGUUAAAAGUUGGUUUAUAAUGACAUGUUGCAUUCUUUUCUAUGCGAGUUAACCAGCAUCACGACCCUGCAUAUGGGAUUAAUAAAAAGAAAAAGGUGCUACAUGCAACAUUUUCCCCUUUCACAAAGAAUGGUAGACUGGGAGGAAAUCAUGAAGAAGUAUUUCCAGAUAAAGAUGAUCAGCACUAGCAUAGACUGUUAAAGUUCAUGCUUUUUACUUCAUAUUUCCUCAACAAUUUCUGUUCCCAGGGUUUGCAGUCCAACGUGAAUGCACUGGUGACCGAACACAGCCAUGACUCCCAACAGCUGGACCGUGUCUCAGAGUGACAAACACAUCUGGAAUCCUUUCCUGUCUAAUCUUUAAUACGCACAUGCAGACAUGUCGAUUUUGCGAUCGACGCCCCCUAAAAUCAUGUAUUUGUACAUGCAGCAUCACUGCUUCCGUUUCUGUGCAAAACUGUUGCACUUACUUGAAUUUUAUGACAUCAUGGUGAAAACAUUUUUUUUUUUUUGGUGCAGAGUAACUGGGCGGAUGUUAUGGACAGCGAGUUGCACGGUUCCUUGCGGCGCUUCUCCGACAGAUUUGCCUGGAAGAAAGGUCAUGAAGGAACGCUUGCUAUCUUGUGUAGAAGACUGACUUUGACUCUGCCAGAAGAGCCAGUCAUCAUUUUCAGGCGGCUUGGAAAUCCAGGUAAACCCGGAAUGAAAGGCCGCGAGGGCCUCAUUGGCAAGGCCGGACCUCGAGGACAUAAGGGUCAACGGGGGUCACCAGGGCUGGCAGGAAAAAGAGGCCAGAAAGGAAAUGGUGGGGACGCAGGACCGAGGGGAGAACCAGGAGGCUGCGAUUGUGGCAGCGGCGCCCGCUCGGCUUUCUCCGUGGCCGUGUCGAAGAGCUACCCUAAGGAGCGCAUGCCCAUUCCCUUCAGCCGCAUCUUGCUCAACGAGGGCAAUCACUACAACGCCAGCAGCGGAAAGUUUGUCUGUGCCAUCCCUGGAAUCUAUUACUUCACCUAUGACAUUACCGUGGCCAACAGGCACUUAGCCAUCGGGCUGGUCCACAACGGACAGUACAAGAUUAAGACAUUUGACGCGAAUACAGGCAACCACGACGUGGCAUCAGGGUCUACUGUUCUCCACCUGCAGCAUCUGGACCAGGUCUGGCUGCAGAUCUUUUACUCAGACCAGAACGGACUUUUCUUUGACCCCUUCUGGACUGACAGCACCUUUACAGGCUUUCUCAUCUAUGCUGAUCAGGCUGCUGCAACACCUAGUGUACAAGGUGCCUCCUAACACUCUCAUUCACCCAGUUCUGACACCAGAUGGCGCUAAAAACUAACGAAUAAUGAUAAUACAGAUUUAAAGGCCUACUGAAAGCCACUACUACCGACCACGCAGUCUGAUAGUUUAUAUAUCAAUGAUGAAAUCUUAACAUUGCAACACAUGCCAAUACGGCCGGGUUAACUUAUAAAGUGACAUUUUAAAUUUCCCGCUAAACUUCCGUUUGAAAACGUUUAUGUAUGAUGACGUUUGCGCGUGACGUCAAUCGUUGAAACGGAAGUAAUCCAAUACAAAAAGCUCUGUUUUCAUCUCAAAAUUCCACAGUAUUCUGGACAUCUGUGUUGGUGAAUCUUUUGCAAUUUGUUUAAUGAACAAUGAAGACUGCUAAGAAGAAAGUUGUAGGUGGGAUCGGUGUAUUAGCGGCGGACUACAGCAACACAACCAGGAGGACUUGUGAGCCGCCGACCUCACCUUGACUUCCUCCGUCUGCGGGUCGCCGACCGCAUCUGUGAUCGGGUGAAGUCUUUCUUCGCUCCGUCGAUCGCUGGAACGCAGGUGAGCACGGGUGUUGAUGAGCAGAUGAGUGCUGGCUGGCGUAGGUGGAUAGCUAAUGUUUUUAGCAUAGCUCUGUGAGGUCCCGUUGCUAAGUUAGCUUCAAUGGCCUCGUUAGCAACAGCAUUGUUAAGCUUCGCCAGGCUGGAAAGCAUUAACCGUGUAGUUACAUGUCCAUGGUUUAAUAGUAUUGUUGAUCUUCUGUCUAUCCUUCCAGUCAGGGGUUUAUUUCUUUUGUUUCUAUCUGCAUUUAAGCCCGAUGCCAUCACGUUAGCUCCGUAGCUAAAGAGCUUCACGGAUGUAUUGUCGUGGAGAUAAAAGUCACUGUGAAUGUCCAUUUCGCGUUCUCGACUCUCAUUUUCAAGAGGAUAUAGUAUCCCAGGUGGUUUAAAAUACAAAUCCGUGACCCACAAUAGAAAAAGGAGAGAGUGUGGAAUCCAAUGAACCCUUGUACCUAAGUUACGGUCAGAGCGAAAAAAGAUACGUCCUGCACUGCACGCUAGUCCUUCACUUUCACGUUCCUCAUCCACAAAUCUUUCAUCCUCGCUCAAAUUAAUGGGGUAAUCGUCGCUUUCUCGGUCCGAAUCUCUCUCGCUGCAUUGAAAACAAUAGGAAAAUGUGAGCAGCCCUUCCUCCUGUGACGUCACGCUACUUCCGGUAGGGGCAAGGCUUUUUUUAAUCAGAGACCAAAAGUUGCGAACUUUAUCGUCGUUGUUCUCUACUAAAUCCUUUCAGCAAAAAUAUGGCAAUAUCGCGAAAUGAUCAAGUAUGACACAUAGAAUGGAUCUGCUAUCCCCGUUUAAAUAAAAACAUUUCAUUUCAGUAGGCCUUUAAGGAGGUCAUGUGCUCCCAUUUUAACUAAAUCUUGGAAGUUUAUAUCAUAUAUUGCCUGUGAAAAGUAGUCGACACCCUUGGUUAAAUUCAGCCUUUAAUUGUGUUUAUAAAUUAAAUAAUGGUAAUUUGGCUUUUUUUUUUUAGAGAUUCUCUAUUCCGCCCUUAAAACCCAAUUAAAAAACACCCAAAAAGCGCCAACAUUAUACCUCAUUUACAUUUUGUGACUUGAAUAUUAAUCAAGUAUUAGUGAUAUUGUUAUUAUAAGUGCUAACGCAGACAAAUUAUUGUGUGUGUGUGCUUAUGUUUACAUCAUCGAGUGGUCUGCUGUUUCAUCGCUUCCCUGCUCCAGGAAGUUUAUUGUAGAUCAUAAAUCAUGCCUCUCACCUGGAUAGUAGCAAGACUUGACAAGAAUGAUUUUUACAAAUUUUUGACGGGUAAUUAAAACAUGUAUAAAGUAAAAGUAAACGACUGCAUAAGUAGUCACCUCCUUCAGGUCACAUUUUGAAGAAGGUUUCUAAAUGAAGCUUUAAAAUGCAAACAAACAGGCUGUUCAUCAGCUAGUCAAAGUUUAAGAUCACAGCUAAAACAAGAACUAAAUAACAAAUAAAAAUGUCAAAA